GAGCGCAUGCUAAUUACAUCCUACUCAACGACCUACUCAAUUGUAUCUCAUCUAGUUUCUUCCUCCCUGUUGUUUACUUGAGAAUCAGUCAUUCAAGAAUACGACGACCUCUCACAAUGCCAGUUCAUUGUCUGAUGAGACCUCUUUGUUAUAAUUAAAGGCUACCUACCCACUCUACUUCUUCCCUAUUUGACCUUGUCUUUCAACUGGAUAUCCUUGGUUGCGGGGUAACUCACCAAACUACCAACCUUAAGUUGAUGAAUCCGAUGGUUUCCAUUACUAUCGGAAUAUAUAUAUGAUGAAUACAAACACAUCAAGCACCUUCGACGAGAACCAAACUCCAGAUGAGUUGCUCAAUAAAUGCUGGGGCCAUCAAGACUGCUGGGAUUGUUUGUCAGUAGGCCCUUGCUCGUGGUGUGCCGUAUCCUCUACCUGCGUCCCCAAUGCAUCUCCUAUGAAGAUCCUCGCACCUAUUUUCAACAGUAAUAUUUGUCCUCUCUGGUCUGAAGGAUGGGAGUUGAGAGCGAGGCCUCUAGGUUGUCACGUUUCAACCAUCACAUUUUUGACAUUUCUUGGAUCAAUUUAUGGAACACUUCUGGCAUUGGGCAUUAUCCUUCUUAUCAUGAAGUGCUUGGAAACUGGAGAAAGGAACCAAAGGUGGUGGAAGAUGUCGAGGCAAUAUCCAAGGAAGUUCUGGAAAAAGGACUCGGGAGUGGUUGAGGAAGAUGAUUCCCCAGAAUCUCGUCCAUUAUUAGAAUAGCUUUGGAUCAAGGUACCUCGAAUGAAGUGACAUUUUGGGCUGUGGAUACAUAGUUCAAUAAUAAUUGGCUUCAUAACUCU